CCGCAUGCGCAUUGAGGAGGGCGAGAUGAGUAGCCGCCGCCGCCGCCGCCACCCCCUCUCGCCGGCGGCGGCGCCCCUGGAUGAUGACGACCUGCUCUCCGAGAUCCUCCUCCGCCUCCCCCCGCAGCCGUCCUCCCUCCCUCGCGCCUCUCUCGUCUGCAGGCGCUGGCGCGUCCUCGUCUCCGACCCUCGCUUCGCCCGCCGCUUCCGCCUCCACCACCGCCGCAACCCUCCCCUACUCGGCUUCCUUCACAUAGGCUUUCGCACUCGCGAGCUCUCCUUCCUGCCUGCUCUGGAGCCCCCCAAUCGUGUCCCGCCCGGGCGCUUCUCUUUGAAGUUCGGCGGCGACGGCGACCCCUUCGCGCUCCUCGGAUGCCGCCAUGGCCUGGUACUCGUCUACCACGCGUCUUGUAAACAGAUCCUGGUGUGGGAUCCUGUCACCGCCGACCAGCACCGGAUUGCCGUCCCACCAAGGUUUGCGAGAGAUGAUGUGAUCAGUGGGGCGGUGCUUCGUGCUGCCGGAGAUGCCCAACACUUUCAUGUAGCCUUGACAGUGUUAGACGACGAGGACAAACAACACAGACGAGCUCUCGCAUGUGUGUACUCGUCAGAGACUGGAUUAUGGGGUGAUCUCGUCUCGACACUGCUUCCAUGCGAGGCUUCAGCGAGCAUGCGGCUUAUUUCAUGUAAGGCCGCUGUGCUGGUUCGGAAUUCUCUUUACUGGGUGCUUUUUGGGAAUUUGGAUGGAUUUCUGGAGUUUGAUUUGGAGAGGCAGGUCCUAGCUGUGAUACGGAUGCCAAUGGAUUUGGUUGCCAAGGGAAGUUAUGAUAUCUGCGUGAUGCAGGCAGAGGAUGGUGGUCUUGGUUUAUUCUGUGUGCUGCAGUUGGACUACAUUGCCCAAUUAUGGAAGAGGAAAACUGAUUGUCAUGGUGUUGCUUCAUGGGUGCUAGGAAGAACUAUUGAACUGGACAAGCUAAUUCCCAUGAAUUUACCUGAGAAAAUGCCCGUUGUGAUACUGGGAUUUGCUGAGGACAAUAAUGGGGUGUGCCUGUGGACACCAUCUGUCUUCUUUAUGGUCCAUCUCGAGUCAUUGCAGUCCAAGAAACUUUUAGAAGCCAACUUCUUUUUUGUUUGUCGCCCAUUCGAAAGUGUCUACACUGCAGAAACAGACAUUGGUGGUGGACAUGAUGGGGCUGGUCUUUUGCAGAAUACAUAAGAUGAUUAUCUGGCUAUGUAUGCUGCCGUGGUGUACUGAUUGAGCAGGUAUCUAGGACUACGUUCCGGCGGCUGAGAUGCAGAAAUGGGUUGUGUGGUGUAGGUUCUUCCAUUGUGAAGGGGUCUGUGCGUACUGGAUUUGCCGGUGACUUGCUUGAAUUAAGUAUUAGUGUUGCGUCUGGUUGAGUUUUCAGCUUCUUUACAUCUCGGCUGAUGUUAUAUGCCCCAUGGUGCUGUCACAAUAGAUUAAAAUUGUGUUUCUCAAAAGACAUGACGAUGACACGGUGAUCAUGAAGGUGACCGAAUCCAGGAGAAGAUACAUCCCUUGUUUGUCAUUAGAAUGAGCAGGAUGCGAGUUCCGUUGGGUAGAGUUUCACCUUGUGAUUUGUAGUAUGCCCAAGUUUGUACUCUGUCCUGACAUGAAUUGUUCCAGUGGAAAUACAUCCAGAAGGUUGCAAGUUGAUUGGAA